GUCACGUGUGUCUGUGCCGCUUCACCCAGCUGCUGUGAUUUUGAGCUGCUCGGUCAUUCUGUGUGAAAACAUCACAGCUGCUGCCUUCACGGCCCACACCUUCUGCUCCGAGCGGAGACGAGGACACGGCGGGAAUACCCGAGAUCCCUGGUGUGCACCGCUCAGGCUGGAGAGAAGUCAGGCAUCAUGGAUUUGCAAGGAUAAAGGUUGAGGACUGAGUGGCUCCACCAUCACACAGACGCUGGUGAUAACAGAGAAACAUAAGCUGCUCCUGAAAAUUGUGGAACUAAAGUGGCUGGACGUAAAAUAUUCCAUCUGCACCGGAGGGAAUAUUCUUCCCUUCACUCAGACCUUCGAUAACUCUGAUCCACUUUAAUUCACUUUGGAUUCAGUCAGUUGAAAUUGGAUCUUCUGGUUUGAGUGAGGCUUCACAGGCCGAGCUGCAGCCGGUCAAGUCAUGGCGAUCAACGCUGACGUGGAGGACUGGGGUGGCGUUGGGAACAGCGACUCUGGAGAAAGGGCGUGGCUCCUUCAGAGCCCCAGCGUGGACUCCGUGCAGCACCUUGAGACGGACAGGAGGAGGAGUGGAGGGGUGUCGUCUCUAGGAGCGGUCUUCAUUGUGGUGAAUGCGGCAUUGGGGGCAGGUCUGCUCAACUUCCCUGCUGCUUUCAAUAUGGCUGGAGGAGUAACUGCAGGAGUGAUGCUUCAAAUGUUUAUGCUGAUCUUCAUUAUCACUGGACUGGUGAUUCUGGGCUACUGCUCCCAGGUCAGUAAUGAAAGCACCUAUCAGGAGGUUGUUCGAGCCACGUGUGGGAAAGUCACAGGAGUCGUAUGUGAGGUUGCAAUCGCCGUCUACACCUUCGGCACUUGCAUCGCUUUCUUUAUUGUCAUCGGGGACCAACUGGAUCGCUUGAUUGUAGCUGUGGCUCAUGACGACACUGGUCGCUUCUGGUACACUGACCGCAAGUUUACCAUCGUUGUUACAGCAGUCUUUGUUAUUCUUCCUCUGUCCAUUCCCAAAGAGAUUGGAUUUCAGAAAUACGCCAGUGCGCUGAGUGUGAUGGGAACAUGGUAUGUUACCAUUGUGGUCAUUAUUAAGUACAUCUGGCCAGAUAAAGAGAUUACUCCAGGAUAUGUUCCCACCAGCUCUGCCUCCUGGACAGCAGUUUUCAAUGCAAUGCCCACCAUAUGCUUUGGUUUCCAGUGCCAUGUCAGCUGUGUGCCGGUGUUCAACAGCAUGAGAAAGAAGGACCUCAAACCUUGGGGAAUUGUUGUCACGCUCAGCAUGAUAAUCUGCCUCUUUGUUUACAUAGGAACAGGCGUCUGUGGCUUCCUGACGUUUGGCUCCAACGUCAGUCAGGAUGUGUUGAUGUCAUAUCCACCUAAUGAUAUUGCUGUGGCCAUUGCAAGAGCUUUUAUUGUUAUCUGUGUGAUCACAUCCUACCCCAUUCUACACUUCUGUGGCAGGGCCGUUAUCGAAGGGCUUUGGCUGCGUUUCCAGGGCGAGCAGGUGGAAGUGUGCGUGCGACGCGAGCAGAGGAGGAGGAUCCUGCAGACCCUGGUGUGGUUUGUACUCACCCUCGUCCUCGCCCUCUUCAUCCCAGAUAUUGGUCGGGUGAUCUCUCUGAUCGGAGGACUGGCAGCCUGUUUUAUCUUUGUCUUUCCAGGUUUGUGUUUGAUGCAAGCCAAACUGUCAGAGACCGACAGCCGCACUGCCAGCUGGCAUGUAUCGGUCGUCUUUGGUGUUGUCAUGGUUACACUGGGCGCUUUCAUCUUCGGCCUCACCACAACCAACUCCAUCUAUCAAGACGUCGUCAGCUAAGAGGAGCGUUCUUUAUCGUCUUUGUCGUUGAAUGGGGGGAGCGGUUAGUCCUGUGCUGCUAAUAUGAACUACUGGAUAAGACGGAGAAGCAUCUCAUGACACUCAUUUAAAAAAAAAAAAACAUCAUUACCACUGCGGCAUGUCACAUCCCUGCUCCACACACAGCUCUACGCUCAGUCAGGGAGCGGUCGAAAAUACACCACACAACGCCAAGUUACUUCAGACACUUUGCCUUUUUAAUUUCUCUUUUAUUUAAAUUGCAUGUUUUAUGCUUUUUAUGGUGCUUUUAAGUUGCGGUGAAAUGGCAGAGUCAUUCCACGGGCUUUCCUGGAGUCUGGAGUCUGCAUGGGCGAUGCAUUCCUGUUUACAAGAGCUGAAGGAAUUUGUAUAGAAGAUCUUUUUUUUAUGAGAUUACAAAUUUUUUUGUAUAUUGUAACUCUAAAUCUUAUCUUUCUUAUCAUUGAGAAUUGACAGACGGUGGUUCCCAUGUCUACACUUUAUUGUCUCUGCUGAUAAUUGACCUAUUUAUCAAGACGUUUUUCUCUUUUUCAAGUGACAAAUUGAACCGAGUGAUGGGUUUGCACACACUAGGACACAACAUGGUUGAGUGUUGUGUUAACUGCAGGGCUGAUUGACUUGUUUACUUCCAGUUUUCAGGUUUUUAUACUACAUUAACUAAUUCUAUUACACAUUAGAAUAGAUGCAGGGAGUCAUUUUUCUUGGUUUCAUGAAGAUGAGAUGUUGAUUUUAUAAUUGGCUUUGAGGUUAAAUCAUGUUUAAGUUUGCAGAAGCACAAAGCUGCGAUCAUGAAGCCCGACAGGCCUCAAAAACAGAGUUGGUUAUGUGUGCGAAACAGUAAAGUGUCAGACAGGCUGAAAACCACAUGGUACCGUCCACAAGCAGCAGCACGUCCACACCAGGAUGUGAAAUCUCAAGUCUCUUCAAGGUGCAGGUUCCUGACAGCCGGGUUUUUAAAAGAAUGUCUUUGUGAAUGUAGGAAAGAGAAACCGGCAGGUUUCAGUUGGCACUUGUACCCACUGCAACUGAUAGAGUUCAGGAGAAGACAAGUAGUUGGUUUGAUCUACAUCACUCAAGAAUGUGAUUCAAGCUCAUGAAUUAUUUUUUUUGGCUAAAACCAAAGUGUGAACUUUAUGUUGUUUGAUGCGCCUCAUCUAUUCAAAACUAACACUGUUAUGUGUUAAGAUGUAUUAAAUUAUUCCAUGAAAUUACUUUUUCAAUCAAGUUGCAAAUGAGUUUUAAGUUUAUUUGACUGGAACAAUCAUUUAAUCCUGGUUUUACAUGUACUUCAUUAACUUCAGGAAUCCUCAGUUUGAUCCAUCAUUUAAGAUGGACAGCCUUUUUACCAGGUUUCAGUCAACUCAGCAAUAAGGUGUUUAACCUUUAGAUAUGAGGGACAAAUGGUAAAAGGGAUUUUUUUUAGUACUAUAAAAAGGGAAAGAAGCUGCAGUGUAAACAUUAAUGCUGUGUGGUACUUGAACAAAAUGUUUGUAGCCUCUGUAUUUGUUUUAUUAAAAUUUCUUCAAAGGUUUUAAAUAGAACUUUUUAACCAUUUGAGAUUUUUACCAUUUUCUUUCUCUCUCUGUCGUACAUUUCCAAAUUCUGUCAAUGAUUUACUGUUUUCAGGCUGGAAGAAUGUUCAGCUUUUCUCUGAGGCAUUGUAAUAAUUAGAAAUCAUGUGUCCCUGUCUCACACACAGCUGUGACUCUGUAAAUAUGUCAUUCAUUAGGAAAAUAUUUUAGGAACCUACGUAUGAUGCUCCAAUAAAUUCCAGUCGAAGCAUGUGAAUGAAUCUGACAAUCCAUAUGUUCAAAAAUAACAUUUAAUAAAAAGACAAAUGAAAAGUUA